GAUCGAGUAUACAAAACAAAAGAAAUUUGAUACAUUUGUAUAUUCUAAGCAAAUUCUUCUUUUAGCGCUUUUAUUUAUCAACUAGUGCACAUAAAUAAGUAUUACGAUGCUUCGAGACGAUGUAUAGAGUAACAUAUUUUUUCAAAUUGUCGCAAACGUCAAAAUAAAGGUUAUCAGAAUUAUUUAAAAUCUGGAGUGCCAAACGAGACAAGAUGUUUCUACUAGGAUUAACGAAGAGUAAGAAGUUAUAGAAUGCGUUACAAUUUUUAACAUUAUGAUUAACAAACAUUAUUAACAAACAAUCAUGCGAUUGACUCACGUAACAUAUUAUCGAACGCAUAUUUAUCGUUACAGCAAAUUAGACGAGCCGAUAACGCGCCGGGAUGGGGACGACGACGAUUUUUCAUUAGUAACCGUAACGAGCACUUCUUUCCAAGAGAGUUUCGGCAGCACCUUUACUGGAUCUGUUUACACUGCGAAUUGGGAGGAAAAAUUCGCAUGUCGCGCAUUACAGAGGCGGGGUCGAGUAUUCAGCUAUCGAAAGAGAAAAACUUACGUCGGUGAUGGAAUUUUUAGCGCACCGGCCGGUGUCUGUCCACACCGCGUUACUUCAUCCAUUAUUCGCCGUGAUACAGGCGAUUCCCGACUCGUGUUCGUUUGGCCGCAGAAGGUCAGCAAAAGCCGACUCUCGAAUGUCUUCACGCCCUUAUUGCGCAGUGUUCUGGUUGGAUUGUUGCUCGUAGACGCUCUUCACUUGUGGCCUGGAGAAUUUCUACCCACAUCUCUUCCGUCUACCAUGCCAAUUACCUUGCCGCCUGUCAAAUGCAAUAUCAUUGAGCCACGCUGGUUCGACAAUAACUGAGCCUUAAUUAGCCCCUUCAUCUUGUUUAUAU